UUUCUGUUGUGACGAUCAUGAGGUGUCUGGAGGCGGUGUUGGUGGUGGCAGCGACAUUAGUGGUGGAGGUGUCGGGCCGCCCGGGAAUCAUCCUAGAGUACACCGCAGGUACUCACGCCAGACGAGAGUACGGCACCCCUGGCGAAGAUGUCAGGGGAGAGUACAGGUUACCUUGGCCUCCCUCCUCCUCCAGACGGCUGUCGCCGCUCGGGGCUGGGAACGUGAUCGUGUACAGGGCUGGCGUGAACGGCAUCAUAGUCACCAGGAGCGUCUUGCCGGGGGCCUACAACCUGCCGUUCUUUUUCUGGGACCCUCACUACUUUGACCCAAGGAUCUAUGACGUCACAAAUUUUGAUGGCGUUGAACCUGAGGAUGACGUCAUGCCUGGAGAUGACGUAGAACCCGAGGCUAACGUUACCCCCGUUGAUGACGUAGAACCCGAGGCUAACGUUACCCCCGUUGAUGACGUAGAAGCUGAGGAAGACGCCAUGCCUGGAGAUGACGCCAUGUAUGAUGACGUCAUGCCUGGAGAUGACGUAGAACCCGAGGCUAACCUUACCCCCGUUGAUGACGUAGAAGCUGAGGAUGACGCCAUGCCUGGAGAUGACGCCAUGUAUGAUGACGUCAUGCCUGGAGAUGACGCCAUGUAUGAUGACAUCAUGCCUGUUGAUGACACCGUGUUUGGUGACGUCAUGCCUGUUCAUGGAGUAAAGCCUGAAAAUGACGUCAUAACUGGUGGUGACAUCAAACCCGUUCAGAAAAACGAGGAGGAUGCUGACGCUCCUGUUGAUGUCGCCGUUGGAGCAAGUGAAGAUGAAGGCGUUGAGGGGAAUGAAGAAACUCCCGUUGGUGAGGCUCCUGUUGAGGCUUCUGUUAGCGUGGCUAUUGAGGAAUCUGUUGACUCGUCUGUUGAAACAUCCACCGAAAUCCCCGUUGAGGAUUCUGUUGUUGUAGUUGAUGAACCAGAGGAGUCGUCCGUUGAAACUCUCACAGAGGCUCCUGUUGUGACUACUGAUGGGGGACCCGUUGACCCUGCGGAGGAGGAGGAAGAGGAGAUAUUAACGGUGGUGGUAGAGGAAGAGGAGGAGGAGAAAGAGGGCGAGAAAGUCCUCACUAAUGGCACCUCAACGACAGAACCUGAAGAUGGAGGAUUCUUCUUCCAUACAACAGCUGAAGACGUCGACACUCCCCUUCCGGCCGGAGUCACCGAAGAGGACGAAGAAAUAAACGAGAUACAGUUCCCCAAGGAUACCCCGCCAGAGGAGGAACUUAACGAAGAAGGUGUACCAUCUGACCAGACACCUCCUGACGAAGAUACGACCAACACAGAGUCACCUGCUGUGGGGGAGUUCAUCACAGAAAUGCCUCGUCAGUACUUGGAUUAUUCUGACGAUGAGGACACACAGGAGAGGAACGAUGGUGAGGAGGUUGUCACAGUGAUGCCUGGAGGAGAGAGAGACGAUGACGAGGAACCCAUCACUGAAAUUCCUCCUGUAGUAGUGGAAGCUGUGGUUCAGGAGAUGACAUACACAAAAGUUUCUCUCGAGGACUCGGUCGUUCCAGAAGCUCCCGAGGAGAGCCUAGCAAGUACCAAGGCUUCAAAGGCGCCUGUAAAUGAAGCAGUAAUUACUGAAACAACGGUAGUGAGUCUAGUGACUGAAGCUGCUGCUGAAGCAACGGUAGCGACUGAAACUGCUGUUGAAGCAACGGGAGUGACUGAAGCUGCUGUUGAAGAAACGGUAGUGACUGAAGCUGCUGUUGAAGCAACGGGAGUGACUGAAGCUGCUGUUGAAGCAACGAGAGUGACUGAAGCUGCUGUUGAAGAAACGGUAGUGACUGAAGCUGCUGUUGAAGCAACGGAAGUGACUGAAGCUGCUGUUGAAGCAACGGUAGUGACUGAAGCUGCUGUUGAAGCAACGGUAGUGACUGAAGCUGCUGUUGAAGAAACAGUGACUGAAGCUGCUGAAGCUGCUGUUGAAGCAACGGGAGUGACUGAAGCUGCUGUUGAAGAAACGGUAGUGACUGAAGCUGCUGUUGAAGCAACGGUAGUGACUGAAGCUGCUGUUGAAGCAACGAGAGUGACUGAAGCUGCUGUUGAAGAAACGGUAGUGACUGAAGCUGCUGUUGAAGCAACGGAAGUGACUGAAGCUGCUGUUGAAGCAACGGUAGUGACUGAAGCUGCUGUUGAAGCAACGGUAGUGACUGAAGCUGCUGUUGAAGAAACAUCACCUGCCGACGACUCAGCUAGCCCCCAGACCACCAGAGAUGACCCCAGCAACACUAAGACCACGCCUCAACAUUCGACCAACCUCACCACACCAGAGGAGGCGCUGACGACUGACGUCCCACCUGCAAGAGCUCUCGUCGUAGUCGUGAGGGAGACAGAAGUUCCUUAUAACAAGACGGUGCCUAUACAGUUCCCCAUCGACGUGACAGAAGAGACAGACGGUCCUCUUAAGAACCUGUCUGAAGAAAGUCUCCUCCCUGUAAUGAUGGCUGACCAUGACCGGGUAGGAGAAAUGAAGUCACCUGAAGAAGAAUCCCCUGCAGAAGAGAACGUUUUGAUGGGUACCUCUGAAGGAGACGACUCUACAAUUGAACUUAAAAAGGAACAGAGACCUAUACUGAACCCUUUCCUACCAUCGUUGUCCUUCCCUCCAAGACGAACACCCUCUCUUCCCAUUUCUCCUCCCUGGGGCACACCACUUCCUCCUUUCUCCCCGCCUACAGGAGGGUUACCUUCACCCUUCGCCCCUCCCAGAAGGGUCCUACCUCACUUCAUCUCAUCUACUGGAGUACUACCUCGCCCCUCCUCUACUAGAGUUCCUCCUUACCCUAGCCCUUACCGCCCCUACAUCAGAUAUUACCCUGGAUUACCUCCUCACAAAUUCCAGUCGAAACUACCUAGAGGCUACACCAUCCCUCUCUCCACCUGA